CACCACCACCGCCGCCUUGCAGUGAAUUUUUUUCUUGCCCUGGAUCUUCGCCUCGCACAAUGCAGACGGUCCCUUAGCCAUGCCUGACGGUUCAGUGUUCCCCCCUCCCCCACCAGCCGAGCUCCUGUUUCACUCAAAGAUGGCGUCGGCUCUAGAGCCCCUGGUCUCUGGCUGCAUUUUUAGGCUUGUUGUUGUCUCCGUUUCGCACGGUUUUGGCACCUUCUCCUCGGCGGCUCGACACGAAAUUCCGGGUGCAUCUACCACAGUACAAUAGGCAUGAAGGUGAUCAGUCCUGGCUGCUCCCUGGGGUGAGAUAUCUGUUCCGUCCCAGAGCUGAGAAGCCCAGACUGCUGGAAGAGCAAAAGACAGCGAGAGAGAUCAAGUGAAGACGAGGGAACGUGGAUGCAGAGAAAAAAUCCUCAUCUUGUGGAAUGUUAUAAUCCUCAGAAAACAUAUUCACUGUAUUGCCCUUACCUUCAUCAUUGAAACACUAUAUUCAUAUCUUGGAGACCAUGGUCAUCUUUCACAAUUCAAAUUGAGGACUGACUAGUUUGCUAGUGACAGGAAACUAACCGAACAGAUUUUAUUGUCCACAUACUGGUAUUUUGUCACAGGCAAAUUGGGAAAACCUUAUUUUUGUGAAAGCCCCUCUUAUCUUGAAGAUCUGCUCUACCUUGUGUACAGUGGGAGUUUCAGUGUCAAAUAGACCUGCUACUUCCUCCACCUCCCCUGCUUUCCGCCAGGAACGUUCACCUGGCUGGGAGUGGGUGGUGGGUGGGCCACAUUUUACCGGGUGGAGGGUUGGCUCACAGGGUUUGUGCUAUGGUCAGCUGCUCCCUACCGUGCUGUUCAUACUCAGUUUCUGAGGCACUCUCCGUGCGGCCCCAGGACAAGGGAUAGUAAGCAUAAAGAGGGUUAAGAGAAGGAGGAGGAGGCGGCGGCGCUACGGCGCAGGCCAGGUGUUUUCCUUGGUCAAAAGUUCCUAUUUUUUUGUGCGGUCAUUGCGGUAAGGCCCCACGGCCAUCGCACCCUGCCAGACCGCAGCCAUGGUGAAACUGGCCAACCCAAUGUACACCCAAUGGAUCCUAGAGGCCAUCAAGAAAGUGAAGAAGCAGAAGCAGCGACCAUCAGAGGAGCGUAUUUGCAAUGCAGUCUCUAUGUCCCAUGGUCUGGACCGCAAAACGGUUCUGGAGCAGUUAGAGCUCAGCGUCAAGGAUGGCACUAUCCUUAAGGUCACCAACAAAGGUCUCAACUCCUACAAGGACCCUGACAACCCCGGACGCUUGGCUCUGCCAAAGCCUAAAGGUGGCAGCAACUCUGGAGGAGGAGGAGGAGGUGGUGGAGGAGGGGGUGGCAGCAGCAGUGGCGGUGGAAGCAGCUCUCACUCCCAUUCAGGGAAGAAACCGGGACUUGACUGGAACAAGUUGAUUAAGCGGGCACUGGAGGGGCUUCAUGAGCCUGGCGGCUCCAGCUUAAAAAACAUUGAGCGCUUUCUCAAGUGCCAGGCUGAUGUGGCAGCCUACUUGUCGGGCAGCGGCUCCAUGGGGCCCGGCAUCUUCCACCAGCAGCUGAGGGUGGCCCUGAAGAGGGCUGUGGCCCAUGGGCGUGUGGUAAAACAGGGUCCACUAUUCCAGAUCGUCAGCCGCAGCAGCUCCCAGGAUGACGGGACCGGGACGGUGUCCUUGGAAUCACUGCCGCCCGUCCGCCUGUUGCCCCACGAGAAAGACAAGCCGGUGGCAGAGCCCAUCCCCAUCUGCAGCUUCUGUUUGGGGACCAAGGAGCAGAAUCGCGAUAAGAAGCCGGAGGAGCUCAUCUCCUGCGCCGACUGUGGCAAUAGCGGCCACCCGUCCUGUCUCAAGUUCUCCCCAGAGCUCACAGCGCGAGUCAAGGCGCUAUGGUGGCAGUGCAUCGAAUGCAAGACUUGCAGCAGCUGUCAGGAUCAAGGAAAGAAUGCGGACAACAUGUUGUUCUGUGACUCCUGUGACCGAGGUUUCCACAUGGAGUGCUGCGAUCCUCCCCUCAUGCGAAUGCCAAAAGGCAUGUGGAUUUGUCAAAUCUGCCAACCCAGGAAAAAGGGAAAGAAGCUUUUACACGAAAAGGCAGCACAAAUCAAACGGCGCUACAACGCACCGCUGGGACGGCCGAAGAAUAGGCCCGGGCGGCCCUUCAAGAAACUGGGCGGGCGCGGCCGGCGGAAGCGCUCGGCCUCAGCCAACUCCUCCUCCAGCUCCUCCUGUGAAGGUUACCCUGGCGACGACCGGCUGCUCUUCUCCAUGCGGGACGACGACGACAUGUCGCAAGGCAGCAUGCGCUUCAACAACAAGACCAAGGGGCUGAUCGACGCCCUCACAAAGUUCUUCACGCCGUCGCCAGAGGGCCGCAAGGCGCGGCAGGAAGUGGUGGAUUACUCCCAGCAGUGCCGCAUCAGGAAGAAAGCCAGUCGCAAGGGAGACGGAGACGACAGGGACAAUCAGGACAGCAGCGACUGGCGCGACGAAGACGAGAAACUGCCGGGACACGAGAACCUGACGGAAAAAGACAUCGAGCUGUUCAGACACAUACAGGAGCUGGCACUACAGAAAGUCGGGGUGACGGGACCGCCGGACCCUCAGAUGCGCUGUCCGUCAGUCAUCGAGUUCGGCAAGUUCGAAAUCCAGACGUGGUACUCCUCUCCCUACCCGCAGGAGUACAGCCGGCUACCCAAGCUCUACCUGUGCGAGUUCUGCCUGCGCUACAUGAAGAGCCGCAGCAUCCUAUACCAGCACAUGAAGAAGUGUAACUGGUUCCACCCGCCCGCCAACGAGAUCUACAGGAAGGAUGAGGUCUCCGUGUUUGAGGUCGAUGGGAACGUGAGCACAAUCUACUGUCAGAACCUGUGUCUGCUGGCCAAGCUGUUCCUGGACCACAAGACACUCUACUAUGACGUGGAGCCCUUCCUUUUCUACGUCCUGACCCAGAAUGACAACAAAGGUUGCCACCUCGUCGGCUACUUCUCCAAGGAGAAGCACUGUCAACAGAAAUACAACGUAUCAUGCAUCAUGAUUCUUCCACAGUAUCAGCGCAAGGGCUACGGACGCUUUCUCAUCGACUUCAGCUACCUGUUGUCCAAGCGUGAAGGCCAGCCCGGCUCACCGGAGAAGCCUCUGUCAGACCUGGGCCGACUGUCCUACAUGGCCUACUGGCGCAGCGAGGUGCUGGAGUGUCUCCACAAGGUCCGCGACCAGCAGAUCACCAUAAGACAACUCAGCAAACUGACCGGGAUCUGCCCGCAGGACAUCACCACCACUCUGCACAGCCUCAACAUGCUGGAGCAGAGAGGAGACAGGCUGGUGCUGGUGCGACGAGAGAAGCUGGUUUCUAGCCACAUGACUCGUCUGAAAGCCCGGCCGCGGCUGCUGGAAGUCGAACCCGAGUGUCUCCGCUGGACUCCCGUCAUCGUAACGAACACUGUAGUCUCUGACGCCGAAGGAGACGACGACGAUGAAGAGGAGGACGACGAACAAGGAGAGGAUAACCGCAAGGAGAUCAAACCAAGUCACAAGGUCCCACCGUUGUCCUGGCACAUGCGACAAGCGAAGAAAAGGGAGGAGGAGGAGGACGACGAUGAUGACGAAGAAGAGGAAGAUGAGAGAAAGUGCUUCCUGGGGUUUCCCAUUAACCAAAGCUCUCCCACCUCCCCUCCCGCCCGCUGCCCACCGCCCAUCCCAGAACCACCACGACCGCCUCCCCCGACAAACGGAGAGCGCAGACCACGGGGGCGCCCGCCAAAAAACUGGCCUUGGGGCAAGGUGAAGGACAGCCAGCGGGUGGGACGGCCACCCAAGAUCCGCCCAGUAGAGGACGAGGACGACGAAGAUGAGGACAGGACGGAGGGAGGGAAAACAACAGGGUCUGCCAGCAGCCCCCCCUCCCUUUUCUCCUUGGAUAGACAAACAGAGUCUGCAGCCUUUCACCCUCUGGACAUGGCCAGGCACUCCUCCAUAACCACCAAUCGAAGAGGGCGCCCCCCCAGGAAAAAGAGAGGCCCCAAACCCAGACGAACGGAAGGGCCUGGAGAGGGGCUGGCACAGUUUCCUAUGGUCUCCAGGCUGAAUGAUUCUUCUCCUCUCAGGAAGAGCUGCUUCAGUGAAAGCAGCGAAGAAGAGGAUGAUGAAGAUGACGAGGAUGACGAAGAGAGGAGGGCAUGCUCUCCCCCCAUUCUCACUAAGCCUGCCAUGGGGCUCAAAUGCAAGAAGCCCUUGAGGAAGCGUCGCUUUCGCCAGCGCAGCCACCCUCACAGCAGCGUGGUGACAGAAACCAUUUCUGAGACCACAGAGGUUUUGGACGAGCCCUUCAUAGAUUCUGACUCGGAGAGGCCCAUGCCCAGGCUGGAGGAGGAGACGCCGCUGGGCCACCCUCUACGCCGCUACCCCCCUGCCCGCUCCGCACUGAGGUUGUCAGACCCAGCACCCAAAAGGGGGCGGCACUCCCACAUGACCGAUUCAGAGGAAGAUGAACUCACUCCUGUGCUGAAGCCUGUGGCCACACUGCCAGCAGCUCCUUCAGAGACCCUAUCGGCAGACCCAGAGGUCCCAGUCAAGAAGAAGAAAGGCUGGCCCAAGGGAAAGAGUCGUAAACCACUGCAUUGGAAGAAACGGGGACCUGGAAGACCGCCUGGCAGCGGGCCUAACCAGCGAGCAGCCGCAGACAGCCUGGCCCAGAGCGGCGAUCCUCCACCUCCCAAAAUAAAGAUGAAGCCUGGCCGCAAGCCUCGAAGCUGGUACCUGCAGCGGGCCCAAGAGGAGGCAGAGAGGCAGGAGCAGGAGAGGCAGAGGCUGCUGGAGCAACAGAUGGAUAAAGAUCCCCAGCUGCUCUCGUCAGAUGAACGUAACAGCAAGCGAGUGUCCAGAACCAACACUGACAACAAACAGAAAGACUCUGACGAAGAAGAUGACUAUCUCCCUAAGCCCGUAGAGCAGAAGAUCCCCAAGAGGCGAGGGAGACCACCCAAGAACCCCGCCCUCCGCCAGCCACCCCAGCCCGCACCCAAACCGCCUCCCACCACCUCCGAGCCAGAGGAGGAGGAGGAGGAAGAGGACGAGGAGGAGGAGACUGAAAGAACCUGGGAGGAGGACAAACCCAGCCGUCCACCGUCCCGUCCCCUGCUGUCCCCUUCUUCCUCCUCUUCCACCUCAGGGCCCCGGGCCCCACAGUCCCGGCCUCAGGACACAGACAUGGGUGACAGGGAAGAAGACGACGACGACGAGGAGAGGGAGGAAGAGGAGUGUGGCAGCUUGGGCAGCCUGGCUGCCGUCAGCGGCAGCAGCAGCAUCAGCAGGCGAGCAGUGGUCACGCCGGGCUCGGGGAGCAGGCGCAGCGAGGACCACGACGCGGACGACGAAGGCGACGGACACUUAGAAGAAAAGAGCAACAGCAGCAAGAAGAGAAAAAGCCAAGAGUCCGAAGACGAGGAGGACGAUGAAGACGAGGAGGAGGAGCCCGCCUCCCGUGCGAGCUCACCUCCGGUCAAAGAAGAACCCCAAGGAGGUGAAGCUUUUUUAGACAUGGAGAACAGCGUGGCCAGGGACUAUGUCAGCAAACAGGAGGAGGAAGAAGAGGAGGAGGAGGAGGCUGAGGAGGAGGUGCAAGAGACAAAGUGUCGACCCUCCUCGGCCGACCCGCAGCAGGAGGAGAGGCGGCGCAGGGAGCAGGAGGAGUCGGCCGCAGCAGCUGCGGCAGUGGAAACGGUAACGGCCAUGUCUGUUCCCUCUGAACCCAUGGAGCUCCAGCCCCUGCACCCGGAGGACAAGGACGUCACGCUGUUGAUGGAACCCCAGCACACACACUCACACUCCCACCCCCACCAGCACUCCGACUUCAAAGAGGAGCUGGGACACCAUCACCAACACCACCCCCAUCACCACUCCAAUGAGCUGGACCUGGAGACGGUGCAGGCCGUGCAGUCGCUGACGCAAGGGGAAGCCCAGGACGAAGAGACGGAACCUCACCCGCACCAUGGGGCCUACCAGGACUGCGAGGAGGAGACCCUAGCCGCCUGUCGGACCCUGCAGAGUUACAGCCACACGGGGGAGGCUGAGGAGGAGGCCCUGGCGUUAGUGGAGGAGUGCGGGGCCUCCCAGCACAGCAGCCCCCUCCCUAAUCCUCCAAUGCCCCCCUUGCCCAGUCAAUCUGUGCGAUCGGUGAACAGCCCGGGGUUACCCUCGGGCAUCAUGGACACGACGCCGGCAGGGCAGAGGGGAGGUACUCCUGGCCCCACUGGAGCAGGGGGAAACGGCGGAGGUGCCGGAAGCGGGUACACCCAGAUCACCCCGGAGCAUCCCAGCUCUCUGUCGGCCCCCUCCCAGCAGAACAUGGAGACAUCUCCGAUGAUGGACGUGCCUUCUGUGUCGGACCACUCACAGCAGGUGGUGGACAGCGGCUUCAGCGACCUGGGCAGCAUAGAGAGCACUACAGAGAACUACGACAACCCCAGCAGCUACGACUCCACCAUGGGCGGAGGGGGCAACGGAACGGGGAACGGAGGGGGAAUGUCUGCCGCCGUAGUCGCAGGAGCGUCCACGGCUUCCUCGUCGUCGGCCUCGUCUUCCUCCAGCUCGGCCACCCCGUCGUCCUCCUCGCAGUCCAACAGCUGCUCCUUCGUGCCGGCUCCCAGCCUAACGUCCUCCACGGGACCUGGAGGGUCCCAGUUAGGAAUGGGCAGCUGUAGCCUCAUCCAACAAACGGGACCGGGGCCCAACAGCGGACCAGGUGCCAGUAACGUAGGCAGCGCCGUGCCACAACCUCCACCCCCUCCACCGCCGUCCAACACCCCCAGCUGUGGAAUCAAGUCUCCCCAGAGCUGCGGUGUGAUCGAGAGGCCCCCCAGCACCAAUCAGCAGCAGCAGCAGCAGCAGCAGUCCCAAAAAAAGGUUCCGCAGCAGCCCCCUCAGCAGCAACAGGCCCCCAACUCCCAGCCUCCACCCUCAGCUCCACCACCUCCACCGCAGCAGCAACAGCAGCCUCUUUCUCAGUGUAGCAUGGGCAACGGCUUUGCCUCCACGCCCAUGAUCAUGGAGAUCCCCGAGAGCGGAGGCGGAGGAGGGGGCCGCACCCUGUACGAGCGCAUGGGUCAGGACUUUGGCACGGGGGGUUACCCCCAGCCCUCCGCAACCUUCAGCCUGGCCAAACUCCAGCAGCUCACCAACACCAUCAUGGACCCCCACGCCAUGCCCUACUCUCACUCAGCCUCCGUCACUUCCUACGCCACCAGUGUUUCCCUCUCCAACCCGGGGCUGGCCCCUUCACCCCACACUACCCUCCCUCAGGGCCAGCCCACUAUGACCCCACCCCCCAACCUGAGCUCCGGCUCCAUGAACCUUGGCUCCCUUCAGCUGCAAUGUAACAUGCCCACCACCAACAUAGGUCUGGGACCCCCGCCACACACGCAGCGACUCCAGGGCCAGAUGGCUACAGUCAAAGGCCAUAUUUCCAUCCGGUCCAAAGCCACCCAGCAGUUGGCCCCGGCCCCACACCAGCAGCAGCUCUACGGACGCAGCUCAGGGGCCGUGGCUAUGCAGGGCACGCCUCGCACCUUGGCCGUGCAGCGCGGUAUGAUGCCAAACCUCAUGCCCACACCGGCACCAUACAAUUCCAUGAACAUGACGCCGCUCAACGCCAUGUCAGCCGGCUACAGGAUGCCCCAACCCAUGAUGAACAGUGGUUACCAUGGCAAUCCCCCUUACAUGAAUCAGCCAGCUCAGUACCCCAUGCAGAUGCAGAUGGGAAUGAUGGGAGGGCAGGGUUACCCGCAGCAGCCUAUGCAGCCCAAUCACCAUGGCAACAUGAUGUACACCGGCCCCUCCCAUCACAGCUACGCCGGCGUACCAAAACAGUCACCGUACAUGAGCAGAUGAGCAGCAGGGAACUAAGAAAAGGAGACACGGUGCCAGAGCUGAUACUCGCUGUACUCUAAAUGUCCAUUACUCCUAUUCACACUCUCCAGUGCCGCUGCAGGCACCAGGGAGAGGAGUUGAUUGGAGGCAGAGCGGGUCUUUGGGUUUCCUGUUUUUUUUCUACGUCGUCAUUUUGUCCCUUUUUUGUUUUGUUUUUGGGCUCGUGUCCCCCUCCCCCCGCUGGGGCAAGUCAGAAAGAUUGGAGGGGGUUGAGGUCGGGGGGGCGUGUAGACGGACCUGGGCCGUCCCGCGCAGCUUCAGGCCAGGCCUACACAGUCCUCUGUAGACAAGCCCAAAAAGUCUCCUCUUCCUCUUGAUGUGCAGGAGGAGCGUAGGGGAGGACAAGGAUAACAAGGAUGAUACACAGAGAAAAGACAAUACAGGAAUACCUUGCUUUGUCAAGACUGCAAACGAAAAAACAGUGGUUAACUGAUCAUGUUCAACCAUGCACACAAUCUUUUAAUUGAUAUAGGAAGCCUUACCUUGGAAAAAAAGAGACAAUGAAACAUUGUAGGCGGACUCUCGUUUUUUUUGUUUUGUUAAACUUAAUGUCGAACCUUAUUUUCGUUGUUGCCGUUUUCGUUCGAUCGUUUUUUGAAAUACUCGUGUGCAGUCCGACCUCUUAUAUGCUUUGGUCUUUAUAUGUGUGGCAUUCUGAAUUCUGAAAUGGUGAUAACACCUUCUCGCUCUCUCAGAAACACCUCCCCUCUUUACCCACCCCUAAAAACAUCAGAAGGCUUUUCACCUUUUUAUUCCAGAAAAGCGUAAGGAGCAGGAAGGGGGAGGGGUGGGGGGGGUGGGGGUCCUCUGGUGUUCGAGGUGUCGAGCCGUUUCCCGCAGUCUCUGUCUUCCCCCGGAUGGACGGUGUCAUACCAAAAACACAGCAAAGACGCAGAGAGGAGAGGAGCUCGUUACUGUCUUAUUAUAUGUCCAUGAAUGAAAUGAGUAGCAUUAUUUUCCAGUUUGCCACCACUUCUGAAACGUUUAAAGAUGUACAUAUUCUGGUACUUCCCAAUAUCCAGCAGCACUCUCUUACACACACACGCUCACACAUACAUACACACACACACACACAGACACAGACACACACUGGCUAGCUAUCGCCAACUGGUGGCUGGCUUAGGAAAGUACAACAUUCAGCUGUUGUCCACACUCCACUGACAGUGUACAAUGUCAGCCUUUUUUUUUGUUUGUUUUAUUUUUUUUUAGCAGUUUAGGAUACAAACAGUGAGAUUGUCAUUUAACUGCUUUAAGGAAGGACGGCUAAAAAUAUUAGCCGACCUCCCCCCUUCCUGAAGUGUUAAUGACCCAAAGAGGUCGAGAAGUCAGCUUUUGAAUGGUGUAUUCUGUUAAAACUGUAUAUUUUGUUUUUUUUAUUUUCUGCAAAAAAAAAUCCUGCACUCACAUCGACUAGAAAUACGGCAGUAGACAGUUAGCCUUUAUAAAAGGCGCACCUACAUGUCUGUUCUAGUGCAUGGUUUGGCCCUCACAUAGAGGCACAACUCAUAGAAAGCAGGGUCGGAGGCGAGGAAACAUUUGAGGUCCUGUUGGGUCACGGCGUUCUAAAUGGCAGAGGUUGACCUGGUCGCUCCAGUGUACCAGUAUUCAAAGUCAAAAAAAGAGGAGUUUUCAUUUUCUUACAGACCUGACAUUGCAUACUUAAUUUGUGUGUGUUGUUCUGUUCUGUACUUUAUUUUUUUUUUUUUUUCUUUCUUUCUGAAUUUUAUCAGACUGGGCAGCUUUCUUUUAUGACACAAGCUGACUCUUUUUUGGACUAUAGAAAACCUAUUGUAGAGAAAAUGUUUUUUCUAUAAUAUAAAAAAGAAAUUCUGACAUUGAUAUUGGUACUGUCAUUUUUUUCACUUCUGUUUCAGGAUAAUAAAAAAAAACAAUACAUAUUUUUUAGCUCGCCUCUUGGGUAAUAAUUACUAAGAAAUUCAAAAUUUAAAAAAAUUACCACUCACUUUUAGUGACUUUAAGAUGCCUUUAACCUCUCCAUUCCAUCUCAUCUAGAGUUUUUCUAUCUUUGUGUAGUAUAUUAAUGCUAUUUUAAACAAAAAGGACUACAAAUAUCUAAAAGUCACUUGGCAUUCUUUUCUUUUCUUUUUUUACUUGUGUGUGUAUAGGAUGACUUCCUUUACAUUUAAGAGGCAUGUAAAAAUGAGCUCAGUAUAUUUCUGUCUGUUUAUAUCGCUUCCCUUUUUGUAUCCUUUGUAAUUGUACAUGUUGCGUUGUAUGCUAAGAGAGCGCAAAAUAAAGAGAGGAGUGACAGCUGGGCACACAGUGAAGGUUGAUAUGCGCUCAGCGGCCUCAACUCUCUACUCUGUCCCUGUAUGUAUUUCCAUUUAUUCGUUUUUUUUCUUUUGUUUUUUUUGUUUUUUUUUCUUAGCAAGUACUUUCAAAGAACUCUGUACAUUUUAACAUAAAAUGAAAAUAAAUUAUG